UGGGAACUCGGCUCCCAGCCGCGUGGAGGCUGGUUCGCCCCGGAACCCUCGUCGGACCAGAGGCGCCUCGUGUCCGCCUCGGCUCUUUGCUGGCCGGCGCUUCGGCUGCACGCUUCUGCCCGAGCCUCGAUCCUAGGGAGCAGAAUUUUCCCACAUUUCUGGUGUAACUGGUUCCAAUGGCUGGGAAUAAAGGAAGAGGACGUGCUGCUUAUACCUUCAAUAUUGAGGCAGUUGGAUUUAGCAGAGGUGAAAGGCUACCUGAUGUAGUAUUGAAACCACCGCCACUCUUUCCUGAUACAGAUUAUAAACCAGUGCCACUGAAAACAGGAGAGGGUGAAGAUUAUAUGCUGGCCUUAAAACAGGAGUUGAGAGAAACUGUGAAAAGAAUGCCUUACUUUAUAGAAACACCUGAAGAAAAGCAAGAUAUUGAAAGAUAUAGUAAAAGAUAUAUGAAGGUGUACAAAGAAGAGUGGAUACCAGAUUGGAGAAGACUCCCAAGAGAGAUGAUGCCAAGGAAAAAAUUCAAAAAAGGUCCCAAAUCCAAAAAGGUGAACGAUACUGGCAAAGACACUUCACUCACUAAUACUGCAGAUGUAUUGAAAAAAAUUGAGGAAUUGGAAAAAAGAGGUGAUGGUGAAAAAUCAGAUGAGGAAAAUGAAGAAAAAGAAGGAAGCAAGGAGAAAAGUAAGGAAGAUGAUGAGGAGGAGGAAGACGAUGCUGCAGAACAAGAGGAAUAUGAUGAAGAAGAGCAAGAAGAGGAAAAUGACUACAUUAACUCAUACUUUGACAACGGAGAUGAUUUUAUCGUAGACAGUGAUGACAACAUGGAUGAAGCAACCUAUUAGCUAUGAAGUUUCCCAAAAAAUAUUUCCAUGAUACAGCUUCUGAGCAUUUGGACAGAUUUAUUUCCUUAUUUCUGAUAAGGAAUGAGUAAGUAUUUUUGUUUCUGUUUUACUGACAAUAUUUGUUACCAAAAUAUUCAGUACCAUUUUGAGUUUAUACACUAGUUACUUUACCAAUUAGUCUCUGACACUCUGACAUUCCUUCUCAAGCACCUCUUUAUCCCUCUUACGUAUUCAAGUGAAAAUUUUAUUUUUGGUAUUAUUUGGAUUAGAAUGUGCCUAAAGAGUUUUUGCAUCUUUUAAUCUAUAUAUUCAUACUUGGAAAAAUUAUUUUUAUUUAACUGCUUUCUGAUCUUUUAUAAAACUAUUACUUGCCAUCAUAAUGGGUUUCUGUAACCUAAAAGUUGAUUUAAUACUGCACAUGGAGCACUUUAAAAACAAAAUACUUGAAAUUAAUUUUACUUUUUACUUUUACAUGGUAUGUUCUAUGCUACUAUAUGAUGACUCCAUAAACCUACCUGAGUUCUUAAAAUUGCAUAGGAGAUUAGAAGUUUGUGAUAAAAAAUAUACACAGAGAAAAAUAUCAGUCAGAGCUAUAUAAAUUUUAUAGCUUACAUGUCAGCCAGUGCAAAGACUUGGGAGGAAUAUUAAGUAUACUUGAAUUUGGUAACUUCAUACCACACAAUAUGUGAAAUAAUCAUCAUCUUACUGUAAUAACUUUGAUAUUUCAAAUAAUUGGGCUUAUGAAAAAUUAGGCAUUUAAAUUUGUACUUUACAAAAGUGUGGGGUAAAUUCUAGUCACAUGAAUCUCACUGCAGAAUGCAUGUGUGCAACCUGCGAGGCAUGAUGGCCUCUCAUAUUUCAAAGGACUUUAUAGCCAUCCAAUUGGUUUAUUUAACAGUGCAGAAUAAAACUCAGGUCACUUUGAAAUUAAGAUUAAUCUUUUGUCUUAAUUAAAAACUAGCUCCCCUGACUUUUUAUAGUGAGAAUGAGGGGGAAUACCUAAAAACCUUAGCCUCUAAAGACUCACAAAUGCCAAAGAUUUUGAAGGGAAGUCAUAUUAUAUAUUUCAAAAAUUAUUUAUUAGUAUUACCUACCAAAAGAAAUGUUUAUUUUUACCUUUUGGGAAGAUAUCACCCAUUACCCUCUAACCUGAGACUCAGAAUCCUGGACUCUAUUUCUACCCUUACCAUUAAACUCAACCUUGAAAAUGAGCUUGCUUUUCUGUAAACAGUUUUCUAUAAGAACUGCUUAAAGACCAACCAGACCUUACCAUAUGUACUCAUUCUCUUAGUAUCUAGAAAUAAUCUCUUCUUUAUUUAAAUGUGUCUGGCCCUCUAAAAAAUUAUAGCUUGUAAAGUGAUUGAAAACACUAUUUAGAGAAACAAACAUGUUUUCCUCACAAGAUAUAUUGUAUGUAAUCUGACUGGAUUCCCAUCUUGUAUUCUGGUGGGAAAAUUUAUAUUGUCUUGUGCCAUUUUGUAAAAUGGCUUUCUCAGGAAAAAGAUCACUUUCCAUUUUAAUACUUCCUCAGAUAAUUCGAGAUGGGUGAGGACCGUUAUUAGUCCAGUGCUUAUCUUGUUCAUAUGUGAAAUAUUUCUUUAAAGAAACUUAUAAAAAAUUUUAAAGAUUUUAAAUGGAAAACAUGAAUAAGUCUACUUUAAAGCAGCAAUUGAUUGUACUUAGAGUAGAAACCUCACUUAAAGUUUUAGUUGUAAUGGGCAGUCAUUUAGGAUUAAUAAUUAACAUAGGUGUUUUAUUUUCUCACUUCCUUAGUAUCUUAGUAUCAUUUAAUUUAUAAAGCUUAUCUCUGUGCUUCUGUUUGCUUGCUGUAUUGUAAAUCUACAGAUAACUGCUUGAAUAGGGCAGAUACACCAAAGAUACAGGUAUUUCUCCCCAGCUUUCAUCUGUCUUCAACAGUCUAGUUCUGAAGGUGGUACGACAGCCCUUUGGGCAGGGGUUUGCUUCGGGAACCCCCAGCCAUCUCCCCAAGUGCAUUGUCUGUCUCCUUUGGAAAAGAGGCAGAAUGUUUGCAGGUUCCUUUGCCAGCAUGAACCUUGUUUUUAUAGCUUAAAAUCUCAGACUGUGAAGUUAUUCCAUAGGAAGAUAAACUUUCAUGCAGAGAUAGCAUCUUAUAUAUAAAAAAGUACUUGUUGGUGAAGUGUCUUUAAAAUUGCUAACUAGCAGAUAUUGUUUUGUUGCUUUAGUGCUUAUUUUUCUGUAUUUGUUUACAUGUUAAAUUCAUACAAAACAAAAUUGUGUCCUGUUUUAUUUUGAACCUACUUAAAUAUAUUUGAUAGGGAAAGCUAAUUUAUUAAUACAGAUUCUAUCUGGUAAAAUAACUCAGGGAUGCCAGUAUCAAAUAUUCUUGCACAAAUCAACAGGAAACUCAAGGUAAUUACAGUCAUGAUAACAAACUAAGAGAUUUGGCAGCCAGUGUAAUAUUAGUGUGAUCAUUGGCUUCAUGGACUGACGAACACUGCGUAAAAGAGAAUGCUAACAAAUUCAGAGGAUAUUAACCUUCCUUCCCCACUACCUCAAAUGUAGUGUCUGUGGUUUGCCCUUAAUAUGGGUAGAAGUCCUGGAGUUAAUAAAAACAUUUUUUUUAUUAUUAAAAAAAGAUGUAAUUACAGUUUUAAGAGCAAGAUGAUAGUAAAAAUGCUAAAAGGAUUACAUAAAUUCCUCCAUUGAAUAAAAACUCCAAAGAACUUCAAUUCUUUUGCUAAUGUAGUUUUUAAAAAUUAAGUAUAAAGGUUUUUUGUUUCAUAAUUAAAUUUACACAUAAGUAGAGCACAUUAUUAUGACUGAGCUACAACUCACUAAUAAGUUCUGAACCCUGCUUUAUGAGGUCUUCUUCCAUGAGAUCCAAGAUCCCUCAAAGAACAUUCAUCUGAAAUUCGUUUUCAUUUUAUUUACAUCCUAUAAGUAAUCCAGUGACUUUUCAGUAUAACAAGGGAGGAAUUUGAAUUAGUAAACCUUUGGCAAUUCACUCUAUCUUACAUAGUGUUUUGGGGUUUUGUUUUUAAUUGAUUUCAGAGAAAGGGAGAGGGAGAAACAUCAAUGAGAAUCACCGUUUUGCCUGCCUCCUGUACAACCCCUACUAGGGAUUAAGGCUGCAACCCAGGCAUAUGCCCUGACCUCCUGAUUCAUGGGUUGACACUGAACCACCAAGCCACACCGGCCAGGAUACAUAGUGCAUGGUGUCUUUAUAUCAACUAGUUUGAAAGACGAGAAAAGGUUUGCUUUAUUCAAUUAAAUUCACCAGCUUCCAUUUUAGAUUGAGUAAUAAAAUAGAAACUUUAUUUUUAUGAUCUUUUUAAAAUAUGAAAAGGGGCAAAAAGUUUUAAGAACCAGUUUUACAAAUGUACAUACUAAUAAUGCUCUACAAUUCCAUUUUGCAUUUGUAUAAAAUACAUUAUACAAAAGAUUUAUAGUGUAUGCAUAAAGAAUUAAAUAUUGCAUUUAGAGAUUUCUAUGAUAUAACAGUGCAAUAUGCACAUACUUAGAAAAUACUAACUUCCUGAGCAACAUUGUUGUAAUUGCAAAUAAUGAUUCCCAUCACAAAGCGCCAUUUAAAUACUUCUAAAAACUCCAUCUUAACCCUAUAGCGCUUUGGAUCCUUGCUUCAUAUUUCUAAAACUCCAGCAGUAUCCUUCAUAUUCCCAAGUAGGUAAUUUUAAAAGUAGAUACGAAUUGUUAAGCAAUGAACUAUUAUGGUUCACUGAAAGAACUCUUCAGGCCACUGAACAGCAAGUAGAGUCCAGAAAAAGAAAAAGCUUUAGAAAACAAAAAGUCCUCCGGAUAAAUUAAUUUAACAUUGCAGUCUUCUAAUUCUUA